AUGAAGUACUCCUACGGCCUCCUCGCGUCUUGCUUGUAUGCAAUCGCGCGCGCGCAGUCGACAAGCACGCAGACCUGCUCGACCACCCUCGCGCCCAAGAACGCAGCGCCAUCCGUAGCAUCCGGCUGGGAUGUUAAAGUCGUAGCCACCGGCCUGACGAGCCCGCGUGGGAUCAUCUUCGACAGCAGCGGUCACCUCCUCGUCGUACAGCGAAACACGGGGAUCGUCAGCCUUCCCUUAACCGACGAUGGCGGGUCUUGUGUGAGGGCUGGAAAGCCGAUUGUUGUGAUCAAGGAUAAAACCCUCAACCAUGGAAUCGAACUCUCUAGCGACGGAAAGACCCUCUACGCGUCUUCCGCGGAUAUAGUUUACGCGUGGGACUACGAUGCGGCCAACAGCAAGAACACGUCCGAGCCCCGCCAGAUUGUCACGGGAAUGGCCACUUCGGAUCACACCACGCGUACGCUACUCGUCUCGAAGCAGGUGGAUGACUUGUUGUUGGUCAGCCGCGGCAGCACAUCGAAUCUGGAUCUUGAGGCGGAAGAUAUAAACACCGGUCGUAGCCAGAUCAAGGCUUUCAACCUCACCAACGCAACUGGCGCGUACGACUUCAACACCAAGGGGCUCCGGUUGGGAUGGGGCCUGCGCAACUCUGUUGGUGUGGCGGAGGAACCGCUUACGGGGGGUAUUUGGUCUGUUGAGAACAGCGUCGACGAGAUGGAGCGCGAUGGCAAGAACAUCCAUACGGACAACCCCGGAGAGGAGAUGAACUUCCACGGCUACCUCAAUGGCACUGAGUAUGCGCCCCAAGGCCAGAACUACGGAUACCCGUCGUGCUUCGCAGCGUGGAACGUGAGCACGAUUCCGCAGAAUGCGGGCAUCGAAGUCGGGACGCAAUUCGCGAUUGGUGAGCAGAAUAGCACCGUCAACGAUACGAUUUGCCAGAAGGAGCGCAUCCCGCCGCGAUUGACGUUCCAGGCGCACCAGGCGCCAUUGGAUCUCAAAUUCAACGCGAACGGGUCUACGGCGUUUGUCACGUUCCAUGGGAGCUGGGACCGCGCCGCCCCAGUCGGCUACAAACUCUCCGUCGUCACCUUUGCCAACGGCUCCCCCCUUGAGCCUUCUAACAGCACCACCGCCGCUGUCGAUAUCGUGGCUAACCAAGACAACUCGAAGUGCCCAGAUGCCUGCUUCCGCCCUGUCGGGCUGGCAUGGGAUAGUAAGGGCCGCCUUUUCAUGAGCUCAGAUGCUACCGGGGAGGUGUACGUGAUCACAAGGGCAGACGGCAGCGGUGCAAACGCGGUGCAGCCUUCGAGCACCACCGCGUCGCCGACCGCGACGGGUACGGCGACGGGCACGGGCGCAGCGGCUGCGAGCUCCACGAAGCCUGGUGCGGGUGUGAGAGAGAAAGUGCAGUGGUGGGUGUUUGCUGCUUGUAUGGUGCUUGGAUUGCUGGUUUAG